GAGCCGCAGAGCGAGCAGGAGAUAGUGGCGCGGUUUCAGCAGCUCAUGGAGGAGCGGGAGCAGCUGACCACCGCGUCGAUAGAGCGGCAGCAGGAGGUGGCGGAGCACGACCUGGUCAUCAAGACGCUGGAGCCGCUGGACGCCGAGCGCAAGUGCUUCCGCCUGGUGGGCGAGGUGCUGGUGGAGCGCACCGUGGCAGACGUGCUGCCCGCGGUGAAGAAGACGCGGGAUGGGCUGGCAGGGCUGGUGUCGACAUACGAGAAGCAGCUGGCUGCCAAGCAGAAGGAGGUGCUUGCCUACCAGCAGAGGUACAACAUUCGGAUCAAGGGGGAGGGAGAGAGCGGCGGCGGCGAC